CACAAUAGUUUCAGAACUAAAAUAGCUUUCACGUUUGCCUAUCGCGAAGCGAAGUUUAUUCUCCAGUUGUUCAAUUAUACUAGUUCGCUGAAGCAAAGCUUGCACCAGUAACAUGAACAACAGCCCUGGCGGUUACGCCGUUAUUCAAUAAGCUGCGAAUUCGCAAGUUUCAGCAUCAUGGGGCAAGUGGUGAGUCGGUGGUGGUGGGGCGGAGACCCCGACGCCGCCAGCCCGGUCUCGGGCCUUACGCUCCGCCAGGUCUACCACGUCCAAAGCACCUGGCGACCCGUGGCCGCAGACGCAGGGAAAUACGGAAUGGAAUUAUUUUUAAGGUUAUUCCGCGCCGACCCAGAAACAAAGACUUUCUUCAAAGCUGUCCGCGACCUCGACGAAGAUAAAAUAAGAGGCAGCUAUCAGUUUAAAGCACACACCAUCAACUUCAUGUCAGCGAUCAGCCUGGCUGUUGACAACCUAGGCCAACCAGAGGUGGUUGUCGCGAUGAUGGAGAAACUUGGCCAGUCGCAUGGCAACAGGAAAAUAUCUACGAAAUAUUUCCAUGAAACAAGAGAUGUGUUGGUUGAUAUGCUGAAGAAUGACUUCAAAUUGACAAUCGAACAAAUGAAGGCAUGGGAAAUAUUUAUAACUUUUAUUUACAAACAUAUUUUUGACAAGUUAUAGUAAUUUUUAUUUUUAUUUAUAAUUUGACAUGUUAUAGUAAUCCAAAAUAUUAUGUAAAAUAUUUUAAAUAAUUACUGUACAUAGAGUAAGACUGACUUUUUAAUCCGCGUUGGGUGUUAUGUACUAGUGUUUAUAUAAUUUACAUUUACAAGUGCUUACGUGUGAAUAAAAGUAAUUAUUAG